AUGGUGCCAGGGGAGCUCAUUAGAGGAGAUGGCCUGUCUGGGAGCUGGCAGAAGGUGUCUCUGAGCAGUGAUUCCUACGUGGCACCUGAAGGGUGCAUAGGUCAUUUCAGUUGCAUCUUCUUAAUCAGAAAAUGUGAGAGGGAGGGGCAAGAUGGUGGAAGAGUAAGACGCGGAGAUCACCUUCCUUCCCACAGAUACAGUAGAAAUACAUCUACACGUGGAACUGGUCCUACAGAACACCCACUGAACGCUGGCAGAAGACGUCAGACCUCGCAAAAGCGCGCAAGGAGAGGGGAUUCAGAGCGCCGCCUAAACGAACUCCAGAGACGGGGGCGAGCCGCGGCGAUCAGCGUGGACCCCAGAGGCGGGCACGAGCCACGGCUAACAGCGCGGACCCCAGAGACGGGCGCGAGCCGCGGUUAUCAGCGCCGACCCCAGAGACGGGCAGGAGACGCUAAGGCUGCUGCUGCCGCCACCAAGAAGCCUGUGUGUGAGCACAGGUCACUCUCCACACCGCCCCUCCUGGGAGCCUGUGCAGCUUGCCACUGCCAGGGUCCUGUGAUCCAGGGACAACUUCGCCGGGAGAACGCACGGCGCGCCUCAGGCUGCUGCAACGUCACGCCGGCCUCUGCCGCCACAGGCUCGUCCUGCAUCCGUGCUGCUCCCUCCCCCCGUCCUGAGUGAGCCAGAGCCCCCGAAGCAGCUGCUCCUUUAACCCCGUACUGUCUGGGCGGGAAACAGACGCCCUCAGGCGACCUACACGCAGAGGCGGGUCCAAGUCCAAAGCUGAACCCCGGAAGCUGUACGAACAAAGAAGAGAAAGGGAAAUCUCUCCCAGCAGCCUCAGAAGCAGCGGAUUAAAGCUCCACAAACAACUUGAUGUGCCUGCAUCUGCUGAAUACCUGAAUAGACAACGAAUCAUCCCAAAUUCAAGAGGUGGACUUUGGGAGCAGGAUAUAUUAAUUUUUCCCCUUUUCCUUUUUUUGUGAGUGUAUAUGUGUAUGCUUCUGGGUGAGAUUUUGUCUGUAUAGCUUUGCUUUCACCAUUAGUCCUAGGGUUAGGUCCGUGGUUUUUUUUUUUUGUUUUU